UGGGUUCUCCACCUCCUGUCUUCCUCUCUCGAACGAGCGUUUCCUGUCGAGGAAAACAUGCUCGCGCACGUAGGAGUGGUGGUAUGUGUGGCGCAUUGAAAGAUAUCGCGAGUACCUGCUCGUGAGAGGGGAAAAUCAGUCGACUUUCAAAAGGAGGAGUCGCAGCGAUGGAGGGGAAGAGUGAGAACAAGCUGGGUUUCGAGUCAUUGACCGAUGAGACUGUAGACUUGGAACGGAUCCCAAUCGAGGAAGUCUUCGCUCAGCUGCGAUGCACCAAAGAGGGUCUCACCUCUACGGAGGGAGAGACACGGCUUCAGAUCUUCGGGUUCAACAAGCUCGAAGAGAAAUCGGAGAGCAAAAUUCUGAAGUUUUUGGGAUUCAUGUGGAAUCCCCUUUCAUGGGUCAUGGAAGCUGCCGCAAUCAUGGCCAUUGCGUUAGCGAACGGAGGAGGCAAGCCACCAGAUUGGCAAGACUUCAUCGGUAUUAUUACUUUGCUCGUGAUCAACUCGACCAUCAGUUUCAUUGAGGAGAAUAAUGCAGGAAACGCUGCAGCUUCGUUGAUGGCCCGACUCGCACCUAAAACGAAGGUGCUCCGAGAUGGAAAGUGGUCGGAGCAAGACGCGGUGAUCCUCGUUCCCGGAGAUAUCAUUAGCAUCAAGCUCGGCGACAUCGUCCCUGCUGACGCUCGUCUUCUCGAAGGAGAUCCUUUAAAGAUUGACCAGUCCGCUCUUACUGGAGAAUCCCUUCCCGUUACCAAGAAGCCCGGAGAUGAAGUCUACUCAGGAUCUACCUGCAAGCAAGGAGAGCUCGAGGCGGUGGUUAUUGCCACCGGGGUGCACAGUUUCUUCGGAAAGGCUGCCCAUCUUGUUGAUAGCACCAACCAAGUGGGACAUUUCCAGAAGGUUCUUACCGCCAUCGGAAACUUUUGCAUAGUGUCUAUCGCCAUUGGUCUCUUGGUCGAGAUCAUUGUGAUGUUCGCCAUCCAGAAGAGGAAGUACCGUGAAGGUAUUGACAAUCUGUUGGUGCUUCUCAUCGGAGGUAUCCCCAUAGCUAUGCCGACUGUGCUGUCUGUGACCAUGGCUAUCGGUUCUCACCGUUUGUCUCAGCAGGGAGCUAUCACAAAGCGAAUGACCGCCAUCGAGGAGAUGGCUGGCAUGGACGUAUUGUGCAGCGACAAAACUGGAACUUUGACCCUGAACAAGUUAACCGUCGAUAAGAAUCUCAUUGAGACAUUCGCCAAGGGUGUUGACAAGGACCUAGUCGUGCUCUCGGCCGCCAGAGCUGCCAGAGUCGAGAACCAGGACGCUAUCGAUGCCGCCAUCGUUGGAAUGUUGGCUGAUCCCAAGGAGGCUCGAGCGGGUAUCCAGGAGAUUCACUUUCUUCCAUUCAACCCUGUCGACAAGCGUACCGCUAUCACUUACAUUGAUGCCGAUGGAAAAUGGCACAGAGCUAGCAAAGGAGCACCUGAGGAGAUUUUGCACUUGGCUCAAAAUAAGGAGGCUAUUUCUUCGAGAGUGCACUCCGUGAUCGACAAAUUUGCCGAACGUGGUCUUCGAUCAUUGGCUGUUGCAAGGCAGGAGGUACCUGAGAAAACCAAGGAAAGCCCUGGAGGACCUUGGGAGUUUUUGGGUUUGUUGCCAUUGUUUGACCCGCCCCGUCAUGACAGUGCCGAGACCAUUCGACAAGCACUGAACCUGGGAGUCAAUGUCAAGAUGAUUACUGGUGAUCAAUUGGCCAUUGCCAAGGAGACUGGGCGUCGCCUGGGUAUGGGAACGAACAUGUACCCGUCGUCGGCUCUUCUUGGACAGCACAAGGAUGAGUCAAUUGCUGCACUCCCAGUGGAUGAGCUCAUUGAGAAUGCAGAUGGAUUUGCUGGAGUUUUCCCAGAACACAAGUACGAAAUUGUCAAGAGAUUGCAAGAGAAGAAGCAUAUUUGCGGUAUGACUGGAGAUGGUGUGAACGAUGCACCAGCUCUCAAGAAGGCAGAUAUUGGUAUUGCCGUUGCUGACGCAACCGAUGCUGCCCGCAGUGCUUCGGACAUUGUCCUCACCGAACCUGGUCUCAGUGUCAUCAUUAGUGCCGUUCUUACCAGCCGUGCUAUCUUUCAGAGGAUGAAAAACUACACCAUUUACGCCGUUUCAAUUACCAUUCGUAUUGUUCUGGGAUUUUUGUUGCUGACCUUGAUCUGGAAGUUCGAUUUCUCGCCCUUCAUGGUGUUGAUUAUUGCCAUUCUGAACGAUGGAACUAUUAUGACCAUCUCCAAGGAUCGUGUGAAGCCUUCUCCCCUUCCCGAUAGCUGGAAGUUGCAGGAAAUUUUUGCUCAGGGUGUCGUUAUUGGAACUUAUUUGGCAGUGAUGACUGUUGUCUUCUUCUGGGCUGCUGAUAAGACUGAUUUCUUUGAGUCGAGGUUUGGAGUGCGAUCGCUGAACGGCAAUCACUCGGAGCUUACUGCUGCUGUCUACCUACAAGUUUCGAUUAUCAGUCAGGCUUUGAUUUUCGUCACUCGAUCAAGGAGCUGGUCUUUCAUCGAGAGACCAGGCAUGCUUCUUUUUGGAGCUUUCUGGAUUGCUCAACUGGUUGCCACCUUCAUUGCCGUAUAUGCUAACUGGGGCUUCGCCCACAUCAAAGGAAUUGGCUGGGGAUGGGCCGGAGUAAUCUGGUUGUACUCCCUCGUAACCUACUUCCCGCUCGAUAUUAUCAAGUUUUCUGUGAGAUACAUUUUGAGUGGCAAGGCUUGGGAUCACAUGCUUGAGCGCAGGACCGCAUUCACUCGCAAGAAAGAUUUUGGAAAGGAGAAUCGUGAAGCUCAAUGGGCACAACAACAACGUACUCUUCACGGUUUGGCUCCACCCGGCGCUGCAUCAGGAGUUACUGGAGGACAAGCUUUCAAUAAAGAUGUUCCCGAGAUUGCCGGAGAGGCCAAGAGACGUGCAGAGAUGGCUAGGUUGAGGGAGUUAAACACGUUGAAGGGACACGUGGAGUCAGUCGUGAGGUUGAAGGGACUGGACAUCGAGACUAUUCAACAAGCAUACACGGUCUAAUCAGAUUGGUGUAAUCUUAGUGUUAGAGCAAUGUGGGAAUAUGAAAUGGGUCAAUUUUGACCCUCAAUUCUCAUAUUCAGUCUAGUGUAUUAGUGGGUGGGGAAUCAUCAUCAGCAGAUGUAACUUACUUUCCAGACUGCAACAGGAAUAAAUGGGUGAGUAGGCCAGUGGACGUAAUAGGCAUCCACCCACCUUCUGUCCACUGCUUGGAACACAAGGUUCUAGGAAUUUAAUGGAGAAAAGAGUCAUCAAGAAAUUAGUCAUUAUUAGAAAUUUAGGUAUUACAUCAGAGACGUAUGAAAAUGUGAAAAUUUUGUAGAGUAACACGUAGUUGGUAGAUUUAGGAACGCACACAGGUCUUGAAACCGUAUCGACGUUCUGAUAUCUUCUACUUUGACUGUCUAUAAAGUUGAAAUUCGUCAAAGUUUAAUCAACGUUCAGAGGCCA